AUGACAGCAUCUGUGGAAGAUUCACGAGCUGUUCUAUCACGAGUCAUCCCAGCUCUCAUACACUUGUCAGAAGAUGACUAUUCGCAGCCUCGUGUCCGACAGCUGGCCGAACUUCGCGCUCGAGAUGGCCGGAGCGAGGAACAACACAGAGUGAACAACUGUACCAUUGGCAUAUUUGACAGCAUCGGUCUUUCGUCACGGCUGACAUAUGAUCGCCCCUGCCACCGUUCCGGGACCUUGUCCAUAAUCGAUAGCCGGGUCUCUGCUCUUUCUAAAGGGCCAUCAUGGUCUUCAACUCGUAGACACACCGUUGGUCGGGUAGCACAACCCAGCGGGCUCGUGUCGGCAGCAUUGAAGAAGGCCUGGCACAAGGAGGCAGGGCUCAAUGCGAAGUCACUCCAGGACUUCGAGGCAUACAUAUGCUCCAGCGAUUUUUCUGCCAGUAGCGUCCCUCCCCGGGUUUCGAAAAUGAGGAGUCUGAGACGGUCACGCGGACUACUGAACGUCUGUGGGUUGACUCCAGACCGGACUGGCACGACUGGUUUCUGA